GCGAUACCCAAGGCGGUGUUGUACUAUGACCAGAAGUCUGUGUGGUCAUCGGCCGUACGAAUCGCUCUGGAAGAGAAAGGGUAUGGAGACGAUGAAGUCGAUCUGAAGAUUGUGCAUUUGGAGAAAGGAGAAAAUUACUCUCCCUCAUUUCUAAGGUUGAAUCCAAACGGAACCGUCCCAACCUUGAUCGUCCCCUUCGAGGACACCUUGUCCGCAGACACAGAGAGUCGUUAUAAGGCUGUUACAGACAUCACCGCUAUCAUCCAACUUUUGGACCGAUCGCGCUCCGUGAUGUCGCGGACCCAUACAACCUCAUACGCUCCCGCGCCAGCUCUCUCCCCCGCGACAAUCUCCCUCUCCUCACUGUCCACGACCAUCAUCAACCUGAUACAUUCAGGCCCCGCCUCUCCCGAGGCCCUCUUCUUCUUCAAUGCGCGCGAUGUCCCGACGCUUCGUUCCGUGUCGAAAUCAAUCCUCCCCUUCCUGCGUGGACGGAACGACGCUCUCGCUCGCUACCUCAGCGAGAACGAGACGAAUCCCAUCCGCGUGUCAGAGAAGACGAAGAAGUUUUGGAACGAGAAGAAGCGGACAACAGAAGAGAUGCUGACGGCGAUGGCUAGUGCUGAUAAGGACGACGCGCAGCUGAACGCUGCUGACAAGAAAGCGCGCGAGGAGUACUUUGAGAGUACGAAAGCGGCUUGGGAAGUCGGGCUAUCGUUGGCGUUGACCAAGCUGAGCAAAGAGCUCAUUGGCCCUUACGCCCUCGGUGAUCAGUUCUCCAUCACGGACGUUCACGUCACGGCUUGGCUCGCGUGGCUUGUCGGACUGUCGGGAGGUAGUGUGACGGAUAGCGGCGCGGUUGCCAUUGGCAGAUUGGAACAACACAUUGGAGGUGGUUUCAGCCUUGCGAAGGAUGCCUUUCCGCCCAGCGCGCAAGUGCCGAGCGUCGAUGGACCUGCCGCGCCCAAGGUGGAUGCUCAGGCGAAGUUGGCGAUUAUAUGGGAUGCGGUCAAGGAGCGGGCGAGCUGGAAGAAGGUGUAUGGCGAUGGUAUAUAA